AUGAGGCCCGAAAUACAAGCACCCCAGUUUGAGCUCAAACCGGUCAUGUUUCAAAUGCUCCAAACCGUGGGGCAGUCUAGUGGGAUGCCAACGGAAGAUCCUCAUCUCCAUCUUCGCUCAUUUUUGGAGGUAAGCGAUUCUUUCAAGCUACAAGGAGUAAGUGAAGAGGCAUUGAGGCUGAAGUUAUUCCCGUUCUCUUUAAGGGACCGAGCUAGAUCAUGGCUCAACACCCUUCCUCCCGAUUCAGUUACAAAUUGGAAUGACUUGGCUGAGAAAUUUCUAAGAAAGUACUUCCCUCCCACCAGAAAUGCAAAGUUUAGAAGUGAAAUCAUGUCGUUUCAGCAGCUGGAAGAUGAGUCCACUAGUGACGCGUGGGAAAGAUUCAAAGAGCUUUUAAGAAAAUGUCCACACCACGGUAUCCCACAUUGUAUACAAAUGGAGACAUUCUACAAUGGUCUCAAUGCAGCCUCUCGAAUGGUCUUGGACGCUUCAGCCAAUGGAGCCAUUCUUUUCAAGUUUUACAACGAAGCAUUUGAGAUUUUGGAAAGGAUUGCAAGUAACAACUACCAAUGGUCAAAUAUUAGAGCUCCUACAAGCCGAAAAGUAGCGGGUGUUCUUGAAGUAGAUGCUCUAACCGCUCAAAUGGCCUCAAUGACCAACAUUUUAAAGAACAUGAGUAUGGGAGGAAAUGUACAGCCAGCUGCUGCCAUUCAAAGUGCAGAAGUAUCAUGUGUGUAUUGUGGGGACGGGCAUACUUUUGAGAAUUUCCCUUCAAAUCCAGCUUCGGUCUUCUAUGUGGGUAAUCAAAACUCCAACCGCAACAACAACCCAUAUUCUAACACUUACAAUCCAGCUUGGAGGCAUCAUCCAAAUCUGUCAUGGGGGGGUCAAGGAGCAAGUUCAAGUGGAGCACCAACACAAGAAAAACAGUCAUAUCCACCGAGAUUUUCUCAACAACCAAGACCUCAACAACCACACCAACCUCAAGGCUCUCAAACAAGUUCUUUGGAGAAUUUAAUGAGAGAUUAUAUGGCCAAGAAUGACGCUGUAAUUCAAAGCCAGUGCAAAGUGGUGACUUUGAGGAGUGGGAAAAAUCUGGAGUUAAAUGAGGAGAAAGAUAAGCAAAAAAACGAGCCCACUUCAAUCCAAAUUGGUGAAGAGAAGAGGGAAAACUUAGCAAGUUCAGCUGCUGAAUUUACCCAGAAUGCUACAACAUCAGUUCAGCAAUCUGCGACAGAAAAGUGUUUGAGCAAGCCACCUCCACCAUUUCCUCAAAGAUUUCAAAAACAGCAACAAGAUGGCCAAUUCCAAAGGUUUUUAGAUGUUUUGAAGCAACUCCAUAUCAAUAUACCACUAGUGGAGGCCUUGGAGCAAAUGCCCAAUUAUGUAAAGUUUUUGAAGGACAUUUUGACUAAGAAAAGGAGACUUGGUGAGUUUGAAACGGUGGCCUUGACGGAAGGCUGUAGUGCCAUGUUGAAGAGUAAAAUUCCUCCUAAGUUGAAGGAUCCGGGUAGCUUUACAAUUCCUUGCUCUAUUAGUGGAAGAGAUGUGGGUAGAGCUUUAUGUGACUUGGGAGCUAGUAUUAACUUGAUGCCUAUGUCUAUUUUUAAGAAGUUGGGAAUUGGAGAAGUGAGGCCAACUACAGUCACUUUGCAAUUGGCAGAUCUUUCUAUGGCACACCCGGAAGGAAAAAUUGAAGAUGUUCUAGUGCAAGUUGAUAAGUUCAUUUUUUCGGCCGAUUUCAUCAUUCUUGAUUAUGAAGUGGAUAGAGAUGUUCCCAUUAUCUUGGGUAGGCCAUUUCUAGCUACUGGGAGGACCUUGAUUGACGUGGAAAAAGGGGAGCUCACAAUGAGAGCUCAAGAAGAACAGGUAACUUUCAAGGUAUUCAAUCCUAUACGUUCUCCAGAUGAUGUAGGAGAUUGUUUGGCCAUCACUGUCAAGAACUCUAAUAUGGAGGAAGAGGUACCCACAAGGUAUAGCAAGAAAGUGAGGAUGAUGCUAUCUCUUAAAGAAUUUGAGAGCAACAAUGAGCUAGGGGCAAGUAUAAACAAGGCAUCGUCUCAUUUGCAAGAGUCAUGUAGAAAGAAGAAAAAGAAGUGUGGUAGGAAAGCUCAUUCCCAAAGGUUUGAAGUGGGGCAGCGGGUGUAUGUCUCUAAUUCUAAAAUGAAAGCAAGUUCCAGACAGCUAGCAUCAAGUUUCUCUGAUUCAUUCUUGAUAAUUAAAGUCUUUCCUUGUGGAGCAUUGGGCUUGCGUGAUGAAAUUUCAGGAAGAGAAUUUAAAGUGAAUGGCCAGCAACUUAAGCACUACCUUGGAGGGGAGGUCGAUAGAGCAAAGACCUCCAUCAUUUUGAAGGAAGCUUGA